UGAAAGCAAUGCAUUAAAUAUAUCGAUUACUUACCAGAAUGUAUGUAUGCUUAUAUGCGUACAUACUUAAUCUGAGAAAAUAAAACUAAGGUGCUAAGGGUGUGUGUUUAAGUGUGAAAAAGAACAACUUUUUGCUCACAAUGGUGAAAAAACGGAGUAUUGUGUGGAACUAUUACAACAAAAAGGUAGACGGAGCGCAGGUGAUUGCAUUUUGCAAGUUCUGCGAUCAAUCUUACAUUCAAAAUGCAACACGGAUGGAACGGCACAUGGAACGUUGCCCAAAAUGUCCCGAGGAUGUAAGGCAACAGUUUAUCCAAGUUGCAAACAGUAAAAAGAAUAAAGGAACUAUCCAGAGCAUCAAGAAGACUGAUACAUGGUCCAAUCAGGAAGCUUCAGCCCAACUUGAACAAAGUAAUAUCACAGAUACUGAGCUUGAAAAUUUAGAUGAUUGGGGAUACAAACAGCAAAUUUACGCCGACGUCGCAAGCAACAAUAUUCCACCAAAUAUUGAACUUGUGAUGCAAACUGGAACGCAAUGGGCCAAUAGAGAUGGCGAUAUACAAAGUAAUGAGUCUGGUAGCAAUGCUGGAACCAACAGGCAAUGGGAUGGAAGUCGAGAUGUGACAGAAACUGCUUCUGCGGCUGGAUCUCAAGAACGCGGAACAACCAGUCACGAAAGAAAAACCUACGGCUCAAGAAGGAUUUCUCCCUCUUCGUUAAUUACAAGGCAUUCUCUGGGGCAUUCUUCGCUGCAAAAUAAAAUUUACCAAGAACAGUUACUGGAGAAAAGAGCUGCUAGACGCACUGCUGAAUUAGAACUCCGGCGCAAAACUUUGGAACUUGAAAGAUUUCAAUGGGAAUAUGAAAGGGAUAAAGCUCACAGCGAUUUACGCUGGGCUCAUGAAACUCGGAUGAUGCAACUCAAGGAAGAACGUGAACGACAAGUCAUCGAUCAGAACAGAAGUAGACUGCCUCAUGUUAUAUGAUACAGGGCUCCCGGGUGUUUGGAAGAAGCAACUAAGCUGUAAAAUAAUUGAAUCACUUAGGGGUUCUUCAAAUAUUUUGUCCCGCUGUUUACCCUCCUUUCGUCGUUAUGUGAUCUACUCCGUUCUCG